UCCCAAUUUACUUGUUUUCUUAAAGUCACGCUAUGGUACUUGCACAAUGAAAGAAGGAGAAAAGAAAAGUGAACAAGACAGGCCAACUAUGCUUACAGAUCCCCAAACGUUGCCUGAAUCUCAGCCUGAGGCAGCCGAAACACUGACAGAUACUCUCCAACAGAAAGCAAACACAGAAGAGGAACCAGAGGUCUUGCUAAGAUCUGAAGGCUCUAUACGAAUGGAUGCUGCAGAUGAUGGCCUUCCUGUGAAGCCUCAAAAGGAAUGGGUCCAUAUGGACAGUGUAGAAUUUGAGAAGCUGGAGUGGACGAAGGACCUUCCUCUACUGAGGCAGAAACAAAUAAAAAAGGGGAUGCAAGCACGCUUUAGCCUGAAAGGAGAGCUUAUUCCUCCAGAUAAAGAGUUUCCCACACAUUUGGGCCUACAUCACCAUGGAGAAGAAGCCGAGAGGGCUGGCUAUUCGCUGCAAGAGCUCUUCCACUUAUCCCGUAGCCAAGUGACUCAGCAAAGGACGCUGGCUUUACAGGUGCUGGGCCACAUUGUCCAGAAGGCCAAAGCAGGAAGAUUUGCCUCUUCGCUGAAAGGAAGUGUCCUGCAGGUGUUGCUGGAUGCUGGUUUCCUAUUUUUGCUCCGUUUCUCCUUGGAUGAUCCAGUGGAUAAUGUCAUGGCAGCCACUGUCCAUGCUCUACAUGCACUGCUUGUCUCUUUGGAUGAUGAGGAAUACCUUGACAAGGCUUUCGCAUGGUACCAGGGCAUGACUGUGUACCCUUUAAUCCCAAACAGUGAGGAAGGAGAACUGGAAGAGGAAGAGGAAGGGGUCGAGCUAACUCCAAACCAAAAAAUACCAGGGAAAAAAUCAAAGGAUGAAAACAAGCCAGAUGCAGAAGUGGCACGAUAUGAUGUUGUAAAAGGACUUCUGAAGACCAAGAUACUUCAUCGGUUGAGAUACAUCCUGGAAGUAAUGCGGCCUGUGCCAUUAGUAGUUUUGGAGAUUCUAGAUAUCCUCAUUCGCAUAGCAAGACAUUCCACUGAGGCUUGUGUCCAGGUCCUUGAUUGCCCUCGUCUUGUUGAGACUAUUAUCAGAGAGUUUCUUCCCGCUCAAUGGACUCCAAGACCAGCUAAACCUGGGAAGUUGCUCGUAAGCUUACAUGGAGUACCAUGUCCCACUGCCAUGAAACUCAUUAGAGUCUUGGCAUGUGGAGGGCGAAACACAGCUGCCAGGCUGCUAAACAAAUUUGAGAUGAAGAGUCGUCUGAGCCGGUUUAUAGCUGAAGAUCCAAAAGACCUUUCUCUAAGGAUAGAGGAAGCCAUAAAUAUAAGCACAGAAGCAUUCCGCUUGUGGGCUGUGGCCACUGGUUAUGGUCAAGCAUGUGAUCUCUAUUGCGAUCUUUAUCCUGUGCUAAUGAGGAUAGUUUCAUCCCUAUCCCAACUGACAAGCAGUUUCCAAGAAAAUAACACCUUGAUUGAGCUUUCUAUCCAGCGAGCUGCAGCUGUUGUCACUUUGCUUACUCAAGUGACUCAGACAGCGAGCUGCCGGACGGAACUGCAAGCCCAGCUUACCAGGAGUAGCCCAGAAGACGGUGAUCAAAUUCCACCCCCACCCAUCACCUGGAGUCAGGUGACAGGUUUCAGGCCUGUCAUUGAAACCAAUAUGAAGAAUUGCCUUAAAGAGAUAACCCACAUGGAGAGAUGGCAAGCAUUGCAAUCUCUUACUACAGCCUAUGUCAUCUAUACGGGGAUGUAUUACAGACACUGUAGUCAACAGCCAGUAGUAAACCCGGUUGAUUGCAUAGAAGAAGUGGAGCAUCUGACAAUCCGAGUGCUCUUACCUCUCCUCAGCCAACCAGCCAUGCAGACCCUUUGGGAAAUGCUCAGACCAUGCUCUACUUUAUGCAACCCACUAUCCUGUUCCUCAGGACCAGAAUCUGUUCCCAGCAUUGUUUCUCUGAACUGCAGUAGAAAUAAGACUUCAGUGAGUUUAGCAGGCUCUAGAUCACCAUUUCCCUUUCUUACUGCUUUCCUCGUCCUUGUGAACAGUAUCCUCCACGUACAUAAAGGGCUGGUUAACCAAUAUGUUUCUAUUUUAGAGACGAAGAGUCUGAAGGACUACCUGCUUCAGUGUUGUACAGUUGCUCCUCUUUCUUUAACUCCUUCCUCUGUUUGGUUGUUGCAUCAUGAAUACCAUUUUCAAUAUGUUGUACUUUCACUUGCUCAGAAAAUGGCAGAUGCUUGUCCAGACUGCAACCAACAAGCUUCACUCCAUCACUCUGUUGCCAUGGUGUUGUUAAGUCGCUUGUUGCCAGGUAGUGAGUACCUGGCUCAUGAGCUACUCAGGGGCUUUGCUUUUAAUCCACAACUGAUUCCUGAAGGCAAGGUGGGAGGACCAGAAGCUGCUGACUUCACAGAUCUUCUGCACUUGGAUUCAAAGCCAAAGCCAUUACAGCUAAGCGUAACAGCUCCCAUUUCUUCACUCCCUAGUUAUGGUGCUUUACUGGAAGAAGCUUACCGACAGCUUCCACUGAUACAGUCUUGUUUUCUCUUUCAUUUCACCUACUUGGCACCAGCUCUUAUUCAUUCUAGAAAUGUUUACCAAGGCCGAACGCAUCUUGUCCGAUCCAUGCUGCUUCCUGAGGUCAAAGGGCCUAUCCUGCCUUCGGAUUGGCUAUUCCUUCCUCUUAUCAGCCUCUAUAACAAAGCGACUGGGGUGGGAACCCAGUGGGCCACAGAGAGCCCACUUCCUCUGGACCUUGUGAAUGUCGUGACUCGGAAUCUGCAGUGGCUCCUGCUACUGGAGACCUGGAGGCCCCAAAUUCUUCAGAGUAUCCCAAUUGCAGCUAAGCUUGCGAGGCUUAUGUGUGUGUUCCUCACAGGCAGUGACUUAUUUCUGGAAGGCCCCGUGCAUUGCUAUACAGCAGCUCUGCUCUCCCUUUACUGCCAGUCCAAAGUGUUGGAGUCCUUGAAUUUGGAUGCUCCUCUCCCUGGCUUAGCUUCUUUCCAUGACCUUUAUAUAAGCUUGUUGGAACAGUUUGAAAGUGUCUCCUUUGGAGAUCCCCUCUUUGGAGUCUUUGUGCUUCUUCCUUUGCAGAGGCGUUUCAGCAGUCAGCUAAAGAUGGCUGUCUUUGGAGAGCAUGUGAACACCUUAAGAGCUCUGGGAGUUCCACUCCAACAGUUCCCUUUGCCUCUUGAGCGAUACCUUUCUCCUCCUGAAGACAAUCUCAACCUCUUAAAUCAAUACUUCCAUGCCCUGGUCACAGGAACCCUGCAACAGCACUGGUGUCCUGUACUUUAUGUGGUUGCAGUGGCUCAUGUCAACACUUUCAUUUUCUCCCAGGAAAAUGUCCCACAGGAGAUAGACGUUGCUCGAAGAAACAUGUUACAGAAGACCUGGAUCUUAAAAAAUGAGGGAUUAAAGAAACAUCUUCUCUAUUACAAGAGGGCAAAUAAAGAGAACCCACUGGGGUUUGACCUUUAUGAAGAGCUUCCUGCCAUUCGACUGAAAUACCUGCAAGCAAUGACUAGGAAAGAAUGCAGCAAGGGAAACCCAUGUUCAGGCACAUAAAGAAGGCUCUGACUGACUAAACUGAGGAAGUGAGUGCCAGUGGACAGAGAUUUUGGAAAAGUUGGGUUGGGUUCAUGGUCCCUUUCUGAGCACAAGAGGAAAUUAUCAGCUCUUACCCUCAGCCUGGCCCAGUUGUGAUAAACCAUUUGGACUGUUUCAUCUUUUCAUCUAGUUGAUGCUUUACUUUGGGGAGAAAUAAAAAUGAGAGUAAGAAAUGUAUAUAUUGAAAUGAACAAUAAAUGAUCUUUGAUAAAGAAAACAUGGUGUAAAUUUAACAUGUUGGCAGGGGAAGCCUGAUAUUUUGAUGUCAAAUGAUAGUUUAAAUGCCUGGUUUUGCAUUUGAUUGGUACAAUGUGAUACAGAUGUCUGGGAAACAGGAAACGGGCUCUCUGAAACUGCCCUGAAGGAUACUGUUAGAUUCUGCAGCUGUUUCUGAGCAAGACCUUUCAGGAAAACCACAUUAGAAGUUUUCAUCUCUGCUCUAAGCCACCUGCCCCUCCUUUCCUCCUGUCUUUUUGCAUUAGCUGCUUUUGCUCUAUUUUUAUAACCUUAUUAUAUUUAAUAAAGUUAUCUUUCACAGAACAGGAUGCUUUGGCAGCUGCAACUAUGGACCAUACAAGAAAGAAAAAAAGAAUGAUUGGUUGGUUGGAAACAUGCUGCAAAGAGUGAAGCAUUAUUGAGCUGAAUGAAGGCAGGUUCCAUACAGAUAAGGGCAAGAUAUUUUAUGUAGAGUAAUAUCUGCAAUCAGGUACAUAAACCUGUUUUUUAUUUGUUCAGAAUUAAAAGACACAAUGUGUGAGUGACUUCUCCAUCUGAUUACACUUCUAGUGUAUGGUUUGUUAGAAGGACAGCAUCAUAUAUAUUCUGUAUAUAUAUGAUGUAGGGAUGUAUGCAUUCCUAUAGAGCUGAAGUCUUACUAGUUGUUUCAUGUUGUUGCUCAGUCACUAAGUCGCGUCCAACCCCAUGGACGAUAGCACGCCCCCCUGUCCUCCACUGUCUCCUGGAGUUUGCCCAAAAUUGUUUUACAGAAGCAACUAUAUUGAUACCCAAAUUUACAUAUGAAAUAUCCAGACAUAAAAAUGCUAUCCACUUGCACCAGAGAAGAGAUAUUACGUGUGCUUUUGAAGAGAUGAACAAGACUUUUGGUUUUUCCUUUCACAGCCAAAAAUAAUUAUCUCAAGAGUGCAAUCUCUUUAAAGAGGCAAGCUACUUUGAUGGAAUUCCUUUUGGAAUCAACAUGCUAUGUGGCACAUUGUCCAUCCAGGUGGAAUCAUAGAGGAGAAUGUGUGUCUAUGGAAAGGCUCACCCUAAUGUGAGCCCAUGGUAACGAACCUUGGCCAUUUCAUACAUGCAAUCUUUGGCAGUGUUGCUGGUGUACUAUACAUCUUGAGGACAAACAUUCUGCUGUCCAUAGUUCUCUCUUCUAAACACUGUAGGAAAAUACAUAGAAACUAGAAUAAGCAAUUAAAUAUAUUUUAUAAAAGAGUGUUUAAACAAGAUUUUAUUCUGCUUUUUUAAAAACCCAAAAUAUGCUUGUUUUGAGUGUUAGCAAGAUCCAUCAGAUUGCCUCUCAAGUGUAAAAGUAAAUCUUUCAGGCUACAUCACAACUGUUAAACAUUUUGGAAAAUGGACCUCUUCCCUGCCACAGGAUUUAAUAAAUUGGGCUAGGUUCAAAUAUCAUAAUUUAAACAUCUGGCACUGAAAGAAUGUAUAAUAAAAUAUUUUGUUGUGUAUUCUUCUUGUGUAUCACUAGGGGGUGAUGUUCAAUAAAAUAUCAGUAAAACUUUCUACCACAAAAUAUUGCCAAUGAGAAAAUAAGAUAUUUGCACCUUUCUGAUAAAGUUAGUAUUUUUAAAAAACAUGUCAACCUUUUGUUCUAUGUAUUUGAAUCUGAUUGUUAGACAUUAAUCCAGUUCUUAUAGCACAAUGAUUAUUUCUAUUUUGAAAAAGAUCAAGGCAAUAAUAAUCUUCAUAUAAGUGACAAAAUGGUCUUUUAUUUGGCAUGUGCAUUUCAUUGGGUGAUAUGAACAAUUGUAAGGUGAUAUGAAUAAUUUAUGCUAGUACAUUGUUUUGAGUUUUGCUAUCACAGUAGCUAUUUCAGUAACCUAAUUAGUCAGUUUUCUUUUCUAAUCAGAAUAGCUCAAUUGCACAAUUUCACAGCUGAUAAAUGGAAUGCUAGUUUGCUGGGCAAUCUUCCUGAUGCUAUUUUCAUAAAGCAUUUAACGUUUUAUAUGAGAAGCAGCUUCAUCCUCAAACAUUCAUUCCCUGUUUUCUCUUUAGUGAGAUUUUAUUUGGAAUCACUGAUAAACGAACGAUUCCCUGAAGCUAAUGCUUUUUUCCCCCUUUUUCAAUUAACUUUUG